AUGGCAGCUGAAGAGCAGACUGUCCCUCAUGAUGAUUUUACCGUCGCAUGGAUCUGUGCACUGCCGUUGGAAAUGGCCGCGGCUAUAGCGAUGUUGGAUGAGAGAUUUCAAGAACUACCCACGGACUCAAGAGACCACAACACGUACAUCCUUGGCAGGAUCAAGAGCCAUAAUAUUGUUAUUGCAUGUUUACCUUCUGGAGUGUAUGGCACGAUCUCGGCAUCAAUACUGGCUUCGCAGAUUCAACAUACAUUCAAGUCAAUCCGCUACAACCUCAUGGUGGGAAUUGGCGGAGGAGUCCCUAGCAAACAGGCUGAUAUUCGUCUUGGGGAUGUGGUAGUUAGCAAACCAUCAAGAGACUUUGGCGGCGUGAUACAAUAUGACUACGGUAAAACGGUGGGCGAAAAUAAAUUCCAGAGAACUGGAAUGCUGAACAAACCGCCACCGAUCCUCCUUACGGCAAUUAGCAAAAUGCAAGCCCAACAUAUGCUGGGAUACAGUCAAAUAUCGAGGCACUUGAUCACGGCAUCAACGGAUCUCCCAUCGUCGAGGGAUAUGUUCACAUAUUGUGGCAUGGAACAAGACAUUUUAUUCGACCCUAUCUACGAUCAUUGGGACGAAGAGAAAUCCUGCGAACGUUGCGACAAAAAGAUGAUCAUUGAGCGACCUCCUCGAGCAAAUAAUGGCCCCGUUGUACAUUAUGGCCUGAUUGCCUCUGGUAAUCAGGUAAUGAAACAUGCGCCGACCCGGGAUACGCUAGGCAAGGAACUCGGAAUAUUGUGUUUUGAGAUGGAGGCAUCUGGACUGAUGGAUAAUUUCCCAUGCCUGGUAAUUCGAGGCAUUUGCGAUUACGCCGAUUCACAUAAGAACAAAAAGUGGCAGAAAUAUGCUGCAGCGACAGCGGCUGCCUACGCAAAGGAGCUCCUUUGUCUGAUACACCCUAGCUGGUCAAGGCAAAUGCCGGUCGCAAAUUCUAUUAUCAAAUUAAAUCCCCACUACUGGAGUCUACAGACAAGAGCCGCAGGGCCUCUUGUUCAGAGCUUGCAACUGGACGAAGAGGUUGAAUCUAUUCUUCAACGUAUAUCCAGCUACGAUCAUGAAAAGAUUCAUCAGAGGCUUUCUCGAAAGAGGCUUGCUGGAACUACACAAUGGUUUACAGACCAUCCGAAAUUUAGAAAUUGGUUUGAGAAGAAGCAAUUUCCUUGUUUAUGGUGUACGGGGAAAAUUGGCUCCGGGAAAACGAUCGUAGCAUCUACAAUUAUCGAAAUGGCAAAAUGUCGUGCUGAGAAUGGUACAUUGACAGUGUUCUUUUAUUGCGGCGAAGCCAAUGGCGAGAACCAGGCAAUGGCAGUCAUGUCCAGUUUAGUGAAGCAAAUUUGCGACUAUCUUCUGUCAACAUCAAGCCCUAUUCCGCAACGAAUUGAACGAGAAAUGAAGAAAUAUUUCGGGCCAAAGCGCAUGAAGCCUGACUUUGAGGACAUCGAAAACAUAUUUUCUUGGUUGUUUCCUCACGUUCCAAACACUAUUUACGUCCUUGAUGGCCUCGACCUCGCGGAAUCAGGACAAGCAAGAUCCAUUCUAAAAUGUUUCAGAUCUUUGUUCUGCGAUGAUAAUUCGUCUCACGGAUCACAGAUACUACUGGUCAGCAGAGAACAAAUGCCGGGAUUCAUCAGUAUCUCAACUUUUUUCCCCGGCAUACAAAUCAUAUCAACCUCAGCAAAUGUCUUCGGGGAUAUUGAACUCUACAUCGAAGAAGGCAUGAAUGACAAAAUGAUGAUGAGAAGGCUGACCGAUGAUAUGAGCUUAUUAAGUGAGAUGAAGCUUACUCUAAUGACAGAAUCUUCAGGCAUGUUUUUAUGGGUAUACCUUCAGAUGGAAAUCAUCUGGGAUACAUGCUUUACGGAUGCAGAAAUACGAUCUGCACUCCAGUCGUUGCCGAAGGACUUGGAAGAGACCUAUAGGCGCUGUAUGCAUCGUAUUAAUCUUCACGAUCCGCGCACUCUCAAAACUCUUACCUGGGUCAGCUUUGCAAACAAUUCUUUGCAUAUUGAGGAGUUGAAGGAAGCUGUAGCAUUCAGUCUAUAUGAUACAAAUUGGGAUAAGGAGCAGCUGCCACGAACUGACUUUAUCCUCGGAUCCUGCGCGAAUCUUAUCACUAUGGAUCCAACUGACUACAGCAUUCACUUUGCUCACUCUUCAGUCAAGCAGUAUUUGGAGAAAGAUAGCAAAGAUCUUUGCGGAUAUCCUUUAAGCCGAAUCGAGGGCGAUCUAAAAUGCGGCGAAUUUUGUAUUGCUUAUUUAUCCUUUUCAGAUUUCUCUUUGCAGCUUGACAGACCGCGAAAAACGACGGCAUUAGUGAGACUCCCGGAUCCCGUGCUAGUGGCACGAAAAGCCGUCGGCUUUGCAUUUAACAGUCGCUUGCUUAGCAGAAAUCGGGGUCAGGGCCAUUCCGCCACCAUUUCAUUCAAUAUCAUACCUCCUUCUUCCAAGCCGGAUGGGACGAAAUAUAGAUUUCUUGAUUAUGCAAUUGAGAACUGGGCUUUGCAUACUAGAAACAUAACAGCAGAGUCACCUGUUUGGGAUAAGUAUGAGCGGCUGGCAACAACAUUUAGUGAGACGUGGAACUUUCAUUCAUGGGUACCCAGCAGUCCCGUCCCAUCAUCUCAGAUACACGCUAUGUUUGCAUGGGCGGUAGUGGAGCAACACGAACCUCUUCUUUCAAUUCUAUCAACCUACAGCUCUGAAUUGCAGCAUGUCUGUAAUAUUCCCUUGUCUGAGAAUGGUCUUUCUGCUCUCCACUUUGCCUCAAAAUCUGGACUGGGAACAAUCUUUCAGAUGUUGUUAAAUAUUUGCGAUGUAAAUCGACGAGACAAAGAGGGCUAUACAGCCCUUCAUUAUACAUCCGUCGAAGGGCAUGUUUCGAUUGUUUACAUGCUUAUGAGAAAGGAGGGAGUAAAUGUUGAUAUACGGUCGAAUGCCGGGCUAACUCCACUUUGGUUGGCCGCUAGCAAUGGCCACAAUGAGGUUCUGGAAGCUUUUUUGAAACCUACGGUGGAUAUAGAGGCUCCAGAAAAUUUUCCUCUGCCAAAAGCCAACAUUGAGGCGAGAGGCGUUGGUUACCGGACGCCGCUAAUACAAGCUGCAAAAGAAGGGCAUUUGGAAGCAGUCAAGGUUCUUUCCUACUACGGCGCUGAUACUGAAGCUCGAGAUGCAAUCGGCUGCACAUCUCUUGCAUGGGCUAUCAUGGGACUACAUUACCACGUCAUGGAUUUCUUUCUUGAACGUGGCUUGACCUGGGUGCCGGUGAUUGUUGGAUACGAGGAUAGUUUUCCGAUGCCUUUACGAGCCUCCAUUAACACCAUAAACAUCCGCGUAAAAGAUCUCGACCAUCGUGCACCUUUUUCCUGGGCGGCUGUUAAUGGCCAUCCAGCUGUGUUGAAGCUUCUCCUGGGCAAAGGAGCAAUGUCAAACAGCGGUGCUAUCCACAAUAAUAGCGCACUUCUCCAGACUUCCAAGAAUCCAAUAACUGAAGCAAUCAUGUCCCUUCUUGAACAGCAGACAAUCAAUGAAUUCAUCGAGCUCUCAUUUAAACCUAUUCCUAGGCGACGAAUUAGAUGGAGUGGUUACAUGAUGUCAUUUAAUCUGCCUGAUCACGACGGUCUGGGCGACAGUUUCGGAGGAUGA